GGAAGAAGAUUCUUGAGCUUUUUAUUUAGCUGGAAUGUAAACUUCAUUAAAAUGAUACAUGGAACUGUUAAAAACCAAUUACAAUUUUUUCCAAGAUCCUUGAUGGAAUACAUUUCAGAAGUUUACUUCAGGGCCUGGAAGAAAGUUUCAGGAGAAUUCUUAGAGAUAUUUGAAUAUAACUGCAUUCAGGAUUUCAUGCAUCAUGGAAUUCAUCUUCCCAGAAGUUCUUCUGUUCAUUCUAAAGUUAGAGAGAUGCUGAGUUAUUUUCAUAAACAAAGUAAAGUUCGUCAAGGAGUUGAAGAAAUGCUCUAUAGGUUGUAUCAACCUAUCCUUUGGAGAGCACUGAAGGCCAGAAAUUCAGAAGUUCGAUCAAAUGCAGCAUUUUUGUUUGUUGAUGCCUUUCCUGUUCGCGACCCCAGUUUUAACACUGAAGAGAUGGACAAUGAAAUUCAGAAACAGUUUGAAGAACUUUUUAGUCUCUUAGAAGAUCCUCAUCCAGUUGUCCGCUCUACAGGGAUACUCGGGGUUACUCAGAUAACAUCCAAAUACUGGGAGAUGAUUCCUCCAACAAUUCUUGCUGAUCUUUUAAAAAAACUAACUGGAGAGCUGGCGUAUGAUGUAUCAUCUGCUGAUGUUCGAUGCUCUGUUUUUAAAUGCCUACCGAUAAUUUUGGACAACAAACUAAGUCAUCCAUUACUGGAACAGCUCCUGCCAGCAGUCAAACACAGUCUUCAUGACAAUUCAGAGAAAGUGCGAGUGGCUUUUAUUGAUAUGCUGCUGAAAAUUAAGGCUACCAAGGCUGCUAAGUUCUGGAAAAUAUGUCCCAUGGAGCAUCUUCUGACUCGUCUUGAAGUUGAUUCACGGCCUGUGUCACGACGCAUAGUGAAUCUCUUAUUCAACUCUUUCUUUCCCAUUAACCAACCUGAGGAUGUGUGGUGUGAGCGCUGUGUUACUCUAAUCCAGAUGAAUUCAGCAGCGGCUAGAAAGUUCUAUCAAUAUGCUUAUGAAUAUACUGCCCCCACCAACAUAGCUAAAUUGAUGCUUACUAUUCGGCGCUGCUUGAAUGCCUGCAUCCAGAAAGGAAUGAAAGAGAGUCUUCAUGAUAGUGAUGAUGAUGAUGAAAGUGAAAAGGAGAAUACAAGUGUGUUGAAUAAUGUGUUGUCAAUAAAUGAUGUGGCCAGCAUGGCAAGUUUACUGGAGAUUACCGUAAUUCUCUGGAGAAGUAUUCACAAAGCACUAGAUAACAAUGAAGAUGCCAAAGAUUAUGCGAUCAGAAAAUUUGCUUCUGUACUUCCUGAGUAUUUUAAAGUAUUUAAGGAUGAGCGUUGUGUGACUCCAUUGGUUAUUCUGGCAUCCUUUAUGCCCCCUGCUUCUAUUCCUACAUUCAGCUGUGGUGUGAUCUCCAGACUACGAAAUAUUGACAGUGGAGCUGACCAAAGCAAAUAUUCUACCCUGAUAGACUGCAUGUGUCGCUGGGGUCAAGUGGGACAUGUUAUGGAAUUAGCCUGGGAUUGGUUGUCUGACACACUAACCCCAAGAAAGAGCAUUAAAACAUCUGAACGACGAGUACGUAUCCAUGUAACACAUGAAUCGAAGCCAGAAUUAGCAAUUGAUUACAUUGAAUAUUUAUUGAUUCAUCCUGUUAAUCGUGGUUGCCUGCUCUCUGUUCCUGAAAAGAAACUGAAGAAGCUUUUGAAAACUCUCAGUGCUGCAAAGGAGGUUCUUGGCUCAAUGCUGAAAGCAACUGAUGCAGGUUCUGGCAGCUGCAAUCAAGCAACUGGCCUAAGAGCCUUCAGCCUCUUUUGCAGGUUGAGUAUUCAUCUUCAGAACAAGUUUUCUGAAGAAGGAAAAGAUUACCUGUCACUUCUGAAGGAGACAGGUGCUUGGAUAGAAAGUCAAGUUGUACCUUUUAUACUAGCAAGUGAUCAAGAGGAUGGCAUUUCUAAACACAGUAAUGUUUCUGAAUUAAUUAUCCAGGCCUACCUGACAGUAUGUAAAGAUGUCAUAAUGGUUGGCCUUGGAAAUCUCACGUUUCAAGCACACCUUUUAGAUAUGGCUCUUUCAGUUAUACAAACAGAGAGAGGUGGCUUUUGUGCUCCAGUGUUACUGUAUGCUCUGAAAGAAAUUAUUGAAGCUUCUUUGACUCAGAAUACUGAGACAGAUGAAGUGGCAAAUCUUUUCCAUGCUGUACAGACAGUCUUCCAGAAAGUUUUAGAAUGUGUGGCACGUAGACUCAAGAAACAGCAGGAAGAAGGAAUUCAGUUGAUUCACUCUAUUCAAAUGCCUCUUGGAGAAUUCAUACAUGCAGUCCAGUGCUGGCAUUCACCUUGCCCAGCAGUUCACCAAGGUGUACUCUCUACUAUCCUGGCUGCAAUAGUAGCAGAGAUAAACUAUGUGCUACAGAAGGUUUCCAGUGAAAAAGACUUAACUAUACCAAAGACUAUUUCAGACCUUCCUCCUCUUUCAAGCAGUUUAAUGACUAUAAUUAUGAAGUCAGUUAAUGUUGUCAGGGCAUUUUUAAAUGAAUUAAUGGAAUGCAUUCUCUCUGAAGAAAUUGAGGGGAUUUUUAGUCUAACAGCUACUGUCUGCAUUGUGAUUAUAAUUAAAGGUAAGCACAAGACUUCACUUCUAAAGGAUAUUGCACCUGCUAUUCAAAGGAAACUGAUAACAUGCAAGGAUGCUGCUACAGAAGAAUCCAGCAGCACUGAAAGAAGCCUGUAUGAAUCAUGUCUGAAAAUUUUGGAUGAAUUUUUGAAUCCUGGACCACAUGGAAGCUUUUGUCAUGAAAAUUAAAGGAAGGAAGAUGUAGUGUUUUUUAACAAAGAUUAUCUUGUAAAUUUAAAGUUUGUUUUCUGUUAUUUUGUAUGUUUAAAGCAAUCAAAAUGUAU